ACCGGCUGGGACGCACGUUUUUCCCAACGCCUCCCCCCCUUUUUUUUUUCUCUUCUUUUUUCUCCUAACCUUCCCCUCCCUGGCCCCGGAGCUUUCAGAGCUGGUCCGCACUCGUCCGAGAGGGCAUCUCUCCGUCCGUCUGCCUGGGUCUGGUGCUCUGCGGACUCCCUGUGCACCAUGCUGCGCUGCGGCCUGGCCUGCGAGCGCUGCAGGUGGAUCCUGCCCUUGCUCCUGCUCAGCGCCAUCGUCUUCGACAUCCUCUCCCUGGCCGGCCGAGGAUGGGUGCAGACCGACAUCGGCCUGACCGCCUCCCUCUGGUGGAACUGCCCCCAGGAAACCGGCGGGACCGGCUCCUACGAGGAAAACUGCCAGUCCCUUAUGGACUACUCCUGGGGAAGAGCAACAGCUGCCAUGCUGCUCAUUGGCUUCAUCAUCCUAGUGAUUUGUUUUGUCCUUUCCUUCUUUGCUCUCUGUGGACCACAAAUGCUUGUCUUCCUGCGAGUCAUUGGAGGCCUGCUCGCACUUGCUGCUGUAUUUCAGAUAAUUGCUCUGGUAAUUUAUCCAGUGAAGUACACACAGGAUAUCAUUAACAGAGGUGGACCUGCCAACGUAUAUGACUACAACUGGGCAUAUGGCUUUGGAUGGGCAGCUACCAUUAUCGAAAUCGGCUGUGCCUUCUUUUUCUGCUGUCUCCCCAACUAUGAAGACGACCUCUUGGGCAAUGCUAAACCGAGAUAUUUCUACUCUACUGCCUAAACACUAAAAAUGAAAGCAGAAAAACCAACCCUUACUAUUGCUUUAACAGUUGAAUCCCAGAGAAACACUUUUUCUUCCCCAGAGUGUUUUGAACAUGUACUUUUGCAAAUAUAAAAAGGAUCAGCAUGUGUUUAAAGUAAAAAAAAAUGUAAAAAAUUUAGAUAAAAGCUCUUCAAUGGUAUUAUAUUUUUGCAUUCGUGUCUUGUGUGAUUAGUCAUUUAAAGGCUCCUUUGUUCCUCUGUUUUAUUCCCCAGAACAUGCAAACAUUUGCUAUAAUUUAGCUCUAAUUUUAAAAUGUUCUCUUUUCCCCAAAAAAGAGCACAUCAAAUUUAUUGUUUUAUGCGAUGCAAACUAGAAUUGCAUUCUUAUUUCAGGUCAUUCAGUAGAGUCCAUUUUUGUUUUCUCACUAUGGGCUGAGUUGCCUAAGAUGUGAUGGGGAAAGAAGGAAGAUGCUUUGUGAAAUUUAGUAAAUUGUCAUUGGCUGAAAAUAAAAAUUCGCCAACCCAAAGCCAUUAUUUAUCUCUACUGAAAAAACAUCCUCUGCAGCUCAAAAAACCAAUCAUUCUUAGCAAUAUCCAUUAACUUUCACCACAGAAUUUGUGCAAAACUCAGUACCUGAGUUGAAAAUAUAAUCCAGGGUAAUGAAAAUAGAAUGAUAGGUCACUCUUCACAGUGGACUGCCUGUUGCAGUUGUAACCCUCCUUCUGGAGUGGAUUGUUAUAAUUAGCUUUUCUCUAUUAAAGCGGUACCUUGGGGCAUGGGGAGAUAGAAGUGCUAUGCUAACUAAUUUACACUGUUUCUGUGGUUGUAUAAGAGUGUACAUUUAAUCGUAAAAUGCAACUUGAAAAUCCUGGUAUUCCAUGCAAAUAAUUUGUGUAAUUAAAAAUUGAAAAUAAAAUGUGUACUUUGCUUUCAGAAGUGUCCUGGGAAGUACCGUCUCUCUACUUGAUGAUGCAUUUGGAUUGUAUUUUUUUAUCGUAUGUACUACCCAACAUAAUAUAAAUCAAAAUUUAUUUUAUAUAUCAAAUUCUUUUAUAUGUUCAGGAGAAAAUGACAAAUAUUUUCAGUAUGGACUGUUCCCAAUAAACCAGGUAACCUAUUACUUG